AUGUACCUGGGCAGUGACGAGGACUACGUGUGGGUGCUGUCCACUGGUCAGAUCACGUGGGAACCGAUUGUCAACCUUGAAGUAUCUUGUAAAGUGACGAUCACUGAACCAGGAAUCGACUUAAGUUACAUGAUGACCAAUGGUCAGUUCUGGAUUACACCUGGAGGCACAAAGAAAACUAUAGUCGCGAACGACGAUUCAAACUACAGCAACUGCCACUUUAAACUAAUACUUUCCAGAAGACCAGCCUGUAUUGUGAUGACAGUUCUGGUCCCUGUGACUCUGCUAUCGUUGCUAGGCAACGUAGCCUUCCUAAUGGGACCAGACGAGCCGGAGAAGCUGUCCAUCUCCAUCACCGUCAUGCUGUCCUUCACCGUCUUCAUGGGGGUCAUCAGCGACACCCUCCCCGAGACCUCGGAGACCCUGCCUCUACUGGUGUUUCACUUGACAAGCCUGCUAUUAUUAGCAUUUUUCGGGGUCAUCGGAAACGGCAUCAUUUUUCUGGUCCAACGGCGUCAUAAUAUCCUAUCUACACAUCAGCUCAUCAACAGCGAGAGUGAUCUCCCAUCAAAGGAGGACGAAAAACUCAAGAAACUCAACGAGAGCGUUCGCGACACAAAAGAAACAUCAAAGACAAUGGCAACGCUGACGGGCAAGGAGUCGCAGAAAGGAUUGUGUGCUCCACUUUUGUAA